UCUUGCACAUACAACAAUCGAUUCAUUAUUGACGGCAGCAGGCGUUGUGUUGUAUCAGUUUAUUUUCCUUUAAACAUUUUCUCGUAUUUUUCGUUGGUUUUUCUACAAUUUUUACAUUAAAUAGAACAAAAUGACGGGCAUUCCAUCGGUGACCAAUCAACAUAAGAACAUUGAAAAAGCAGCAAAAAUUAAAAAUCCAUUGGAACCGUUUGCAAGCGACUUUUCAAAGUAUACAAAUGGUGAUUUUGAAACGAACAUUUAUUGCAAAUGGAAAAAUGAUAUGGACGCCAAAACAGUGAAAUGGGCAUUCAAAUUGGCCGAACGGAAUGUUUCAUCAUUCUAUAAGACCGGUCCGAUUGGAUGGCAACCGAAGGUCAAACAAAGCGAUUUAAAUAAAAAUUGGGCACGUUACUUGGUUGCUACCGAUAAACAAAAGAAUCCAAUCGCAUAUGCCAUGUUCCGAUUUGAUAUGGAUUAUGGAAACAGUGUACUUUAUUGCUAUGAAAUGCAAGUGGAAAAAGACUAUCAACGAAAAGGUCUUGGACGAUUCAUCAUGAAUGCAUUGGAGAAAAUGGCACGUCAUUACCAAAUGGAAAAGUUAAUACUUACUGUUUUAACCAAUAACGAAGCGGCAAUUACAUUUUUCAAAGGGAUUGGCUUUGGUGUUGACGACACAACACCAGAUGCUUCCGAAAAUUCGGGUUACCAAAUUUUAAGUAAAUUAUUACUUUAGAGAAAUAAAACUGAAACUAAAACUGAACUGACUGUAUUUAUUGUUUUAAGAUUUUCAUAAAUUGAUCGAUGUGUAUUGUCUUUUGUUGUUUACAUUAAAACACACAUCGAUUUUGACGUA